CCUCAAUGCUCAGCCGCCUUGGAUUGCGAGUAUUCAGUUGUAGACCAGUCGUGAUCUCAAGCGGAUGUGUUGUCCGUAGUAGUUCGUUCGUACGUACGAUCGCAAGCCAUAUGUUCUUGAUACGCCAAGGGCAAAGUAAAAGUGGAGAACGCCAAGCCAUCAGAUUAAUUGUUGGCGUUAAGAAGUGACAAAUCGUUAGCGUCGCGUUUGAUUAAAAAUAUAAAUUGAUUACAUUUUCAAUUAAUUUAGUUUGAUAAGAAAUUGCAAUCGCCGCAAUUGUGUUACACAAAAUUUAACGAAAAAAAAACUGGUUUUGAAUUUCUGACUACUGAAUUGUUUCGUUUAUUCUUUGUUAUUGUUGGGAAGUUAAUGAGAACGCGUGCAAACUGUCGAAUUAGUCAUUAAUUAAAAAUUAAUUAAGCAAACAAAUUUGCGGACCAACAAAGGUUAUAUGUAUCCCCAUUUGGUCGUGCAAAAAUAAACAAAAAACCAAAAUUAAAACAAAUAAAAGUGAAAAAAUAAACACAAACCAAACGAAAAAAACCACACCGCAGUGUUCGCCUAAUUAGUGCGCGAAUUUUUAAUUACAUUUAACCACAAAGAAUACAUUCGAAAUAUGCGGUCCGCGAGGCUAGCCGCCUGUGCUUUGUGAAAGUGUUCCAGCCUGGCCGCCAAACGCUUUCUGAUUCAUUUCCAAUUUUCAAUUCAACCGGAAGUGUGCCCUUACGCAACACCUGAAUUGGUGGUAGCCAUCAGCAUUGCCAGCAGCAAUCUCGUCGUCAUCGCCACCUCGCUGCCCCAUGUUAAAGCUGUCAUCCACAGGAAUGACUGUCACUGGUUUACGCACAAGCAUGACAAGCCCGACGGUGCCGCCACAAACCGCAUCUGCCGCCAUCACCACCACCAUGACCCUGACCAGCCCCAGUACGAUUGUUGUCAGUCCCGCACACCUUAUUAGCGGCAAUAAUAACAACUCCAAUCACAAUAACAACAACAGCGCUACCAACAACUUGCACCGCAACGGCAGUAAUAGCAGCCCCACAUCACCUUCCACGCUCCUGCUUACGCAUCAGCAACACCAAACUCUGCAACAGCAAUUGUUGCCACUGCAUACGCAAUCGCUGCACAAUCACCCGCAUCAGUUGAAUAAAACCAGCUCGCGUUUAAGCAAUUUCAGCGUCGCUUCCCUCCUGGCCGAUACGCGACCAGCGGCAACGCUAUCGCCAACGCGCACCCACAGCGCGGAAGCCAUGCAAACGGAGCCGCGUAAUUUGUCCAAUAAUACACCAUCUGUCACGUUAUCACCUGUUUCGCCUGCCGGUUCCUCACCCGCCUCACCGACCGCUGCACAAAACGGCCAAGCGCAUCCACCACACGCGCCUCAGCAUCCACAUCCACAUCCCCACGCUCAUUUUCAUCCUGCAGCCGUUGCACAUCAUGCACAUUUGUUGCAUGCCGCCGCAGCCGCACACGCGCAGCAACAACACGCCGCCGCGGUGGCAGCCGCUGCUGCUGCGCAACAAGCUGCAGUAGCGGCGGCGGCAAAUGCGGGUGCGCCCCAACAUUUGCACAGCUCCUCAGCGCAUUUACGUCACACAUUAAGCGGCAGCUCAGCGGAAGCGGCCACCAAUCUAGUUACCACGGAAGGUGGCAACAAUGCGCAACAACAACAGCAGCAUUCUUCAGCGCGUCUUGGUUCACCAGCCGCGCAUGCAAGCGGCAACAGCAUCGAGACAUCGUCCUCAUCAUCGGCAACGGUGUUGCUGGCCAAACAUGAACGUCACUCGCCCAUCGGUAGUUCGGUGGACUCUGAGCUGGAGUAUGAUGAUGAUUACAAUGAACAUGACCAUGAUGGAGAGCAUGAACAUGAUGAGGAAGAGGAUUCGAUUGUGGACAUUGAAGAUAUGAAUGCCGACGAUUCGCCGCGUUCAACGCCAGACGGUAUGGAUAGCAGUAAAUCGCCGGAGGCGCUAAGCAGUCACAUGGCUAACUCACCGCAUCUACUCUCGCCGGCGGCGCUGGCGGCUUCGGGUCAUGUACCCAUCAGACCGACACCGUUCAGCGCGCUGGCAGCGGCGGCGGUGGCGUGGGGCGGCAUUGGCGCUGGAGUGCCGUGGCCGGGUGCGCGUCAAAUGCCACCAUUCGGGCCGCCUGGGCUGUUUCCAGGACAAGGAUUCGGCGGAGGUGACAACAACGAACCGCCACGCAUCAAAUGUAAUCUGCGCAAACAUAAACCAAAUCGCAAACCCCGCACACCUUUCACCACUCAACAGCUACUCUCACUGGAGAAGAAAUUCCGCGAAAAACAAUAUCUGAGCAUAGCGGAGCGUGCUGAAUUCUCCUCAUCUCUGCGGCUAACCGAAACCCAAGUGAAAAUUUGGUUUCAAAAUCGACGCGCCAAAGCGAAACGGCUGCAAGAAGCGGAAAUAGAGAAAAUCAAAAUGGCUGCACUGGGACGUGGCGGACCGGGCGCGCAAUGGGCGAUGGCCGGCUACUUUCAUCCGAGUCUAAUGCAUUUGGGAUAAAAAGGCAGUGCAAGCAUGCAGUGAUUUGAAUUUGCAAAAGAAAUCCUUAAAAAAAAAUGGAUUCAACUGCAGUGAUCGCUCCUUGAACGCAACACACACACGCAUACACACACAUAUACACAUACAUAUGUAUACACUCUGAGUCAUGUUGCAGUUCACUUACCCAGUUCAGACAUGCACAAGCACACAAUUUUUCAUUAGAUACGCAAGCUGCAGUGGGAUUCUUAAAUUCGCUAUCGGCAAAGACUCUAUGCGCUGGAAAAGAUUUCAGUUUAGAACUACUACAGUGAAUUUUUUAGAGACCGCAAACGCAAUAUGUACGAAAAUGUGUAAUAAUUUUUUAGUUUGCAUUGCAGCUUUAGCGGCGUCUAGGCAUCCCACUGCUAACCUUAGUUUAUAAUUUAUAAAUACAAUUGUUUGUAUUUGUAGUUUUACUUACCCAAAUUGCUGUGAUGUUAGCGCAUUUUACAUUUUAACUGUAAAUAAAUGUAUAUAAAGAAAUAAAUUUAAAAGAAAAACUAAAA